AUGUCAUCUGAUUCUGCCUCUCGUGAGAAGAAGCUGAACUGGUUGUUGGGUUUUUUACUGUUGGUGGCUACCACGCUGGCGAUUGUGUUCGGUGUGUUAUGGGGUAAGUCUGAUGAUGAUGACAAGACUACGACCGUGACGGUCUAUCAGAAUGCAGAGGUACCUCAAGACGGUCGUACUACGGGGUUGCACAAGUACUAUGACGGCGUGGCAGACGAGCUGCCCAACAUAAAGUUGAACAGCGACGUGCAGAAGAUAUAUGAUGGGAUGUCGUACGAGCAACGACUUGGUCAGACGAUUCAAUACGCCAUCGGCGACCUGACUGGUCCCCCUAUCAUCGACGGUAGCGAUGACGCUUGGAUGACACUUAUUCAGCAGGGUAUGGUGGGUUCGAUGCUCAAUGUCUUGAACCUGACCUUCUUGAACAUGGCUCAGAAGGCAGCCAAGGAGGCAACGGGUGUGCCCUUGCUUAUGGGUUAUGAUAUACUCCAUGGAUUUAAGACAAUCUUCCCCGUAAACCUGGGCAUGGCUUCCUCCUGGGACCCAGCCAUGGUAGAGGAAGCAACAGCUAUCGCAGCCGGAGAAGCUGCAGCCGGAGGACUGUACUGGGCAUUCGCGCCCAUGGUCGACUUGACACGGGACGCACGAUGGGGUCGUAUGAGUGAGGGCUUUGGGGAGGACCCGCUACUCAGUGGUCGUCUCGGUGCAGCUGUGGUCAAGGGUUACAAGACAACGGCGUAG